UGGGUGGAUGUGUUUCAUUCAUCUUAGAUAGCCGGAAGUAGUCUCAGUAGGGAGAGAAGAAGGCUAACUUAUUUCGUGUUUUGCAGCCUGGUGUUAAACGUUGAGCUAUUUUAAAUGCCAUAUGGUUGUAUUGGAACGUCUCUGUCAACAUAAGCUUGGCCUGGGAUGUCGGAGGAGGACAUUGAACUCACUGGCGGAUGAAGACGUCACAUACUUUUCUAUAUUUUCCUGACCUAGGCUUAUGAAUGUCCCUAACGCUGACGGCCAUGAGCAACAGCACAGUGACCAGCAGCCAGCAGCAGUGGUUGGGGCCCGGGCAGAUGCCACAGCCUUCCCGGGGCCCCUAUAUCUCAGUCAUCACCAACAGGACCACCAACCUGUUGAUCCGAGGAGCCUUGCUGUUCUCUGUCGGCGUCUUCCUGGCCCUGGUGCUGAACUUACUUCAGGUGCAGAGGAACGUCACCCUCUUUCCCCCUGAUGUCAUCAGCAGUAUCUUUUCCUCAGCCUGGUGGGUGCCGCCCUGCUGUGGCACAGCCUCAGCAAUGAUCGGGCUGUUGUACCCCUGCAUCGACAGCCAUCUGGGUGAGCCACACAAGUUCAAGCGGGAAUGGUCCAGUGUGAUGCGCUGCGUGGCGGUGUUUGUGGGCAUCAACCACGCUAGUGCUAAAGUGGACUUUGCCAACAACGUCCAGCUGUCUCUGACUCUGGCGGCGCUCUCCGUCGGUCUGUGGUGGACGUUUGACCGCUCCCGCAGCGGCUUUGGCCUGGGAGUCAGCAUUGCCCUGUUGGCAACGCUGGCCACCCAACUCCUGGUUUAUAAUGGAGUCUUUCAGUAUACUUCUCCAGAUUUCCUAUAUAUUCGCUCCUGGUUACCUUGCAUCUUCUUCGCAGGGGUGAUAACUAUGGGAAACAUAGGACGGCAGCUAGCCUUGUAUGAAUACAAAUUUAUUCAGGAAAAGACCCAUCAGGACUGAGGGAUUUCAUCAGGCCUCUGCUCCAGAUGAUGGUAAAGCCAGAGGCAGGUCGGAGAGAACAUCUGCACGCAGCAUAGACCGGGACUGGCUGGCCCUGGAUCAGCCACUUAGGCAGGAGUGCUGGACUGGUGCUUUCUGCCGGACAAGACAGUAUUUUUGAUAGGCUCUCGUCAGCCCAUUCAGAGCUCAGGGCGGCCCACUGGCUAUAUUCUAACCUGAGCUGAAACGAGCAACGAGAGCAGAGUUUGUUGCGUUUUUCUUUCUUUUUUUUUCUUCUUUGGUGCAGUUUAUCUCUACUUACCUGGGAAGGGAUUAGCAGCGAAGCAUCUAUCGUUCUUCAGAUCAGCUCGAAUGUUUGAAACCUUUGGCUUUGUCGUGCCAAACGCAGUCCCACUGGAUCAGUUUUAAAUACUGCUCUUAUCUCCGGAGUCUUUCACAGCCUUCACGUAUCAGUGGAGAACACACAGCCUAGUUGACUUGUAUCUAAAAAGAUAUGCAUCUACGUACCAGACUGUUUAUUUGAAUGUUAUUAUUAAAUUAGCUUAUGUCUACAUUUCGGUUUUCUUGAUAAAGGAAUGACCUGCGCUGUACGCUUGUCUGCACUGGCAGCGAGGACCCCUGUAGUGGACUACUACCGGCCACACCUGCCCCGCUCGUCACCAACAUGUGCAGUAUUAUCGGACCUAAAGAAUGAAAGGAUACAUGGAAGGACAGUGCUUUUUAGCCUGACAUCGCCAGACCAAAGAGUUAGCCUGGAACCUCUCAGUUCAUUUUUUGAUUUCCAAGCGGUGUUCUCAACCGCUGUAGAGCAGAAUGCCUCUAGAUGGAUAUGCUAAGCGAUGGACAAAUGUAGACUGGCUACAGUGCGCAGAGGUGAGCUGUGACGACGUGGCAUCCAAAUGUCUGUGAAUGAGUGUUGCUGUUUUUGCCAUAAGCAUUUGAAAAUGGUACUUCAACAGAAAGUUCCACCGUCAGCUACAGAUAUCUUGGUUGUUUCUGAAAAUGCCUCAUCGGCACUCCUUUUUUUACUAAGCUAGGUUAGUGCAAAGGCUCCACAAGUUAUGAGACCAUGAUCUGGUCGGAGGGGGACCACACACUUCUGCAAUACAAAAAUUAAAUAAAAGAAAAACCCCAUUCGC